AUGGUACAAUCCGAGAGUUUACAGAUAUAUUGGCAUGACUCUCAUCCGAUAUACUCGUUAUGUUUUCAACCCUUAUCAGAGACUAACCAGAACACUAGACGGUUGUUCACUUCGGGAGGUGACAAUAAAAUCAGGGUCUGGCAAUUGAAUGAGAGCGAAAAUGAUGGGAAGAUAGAGACAAUUGAUUUUCUUUCGUCGUUGACGCAGCACGAACAAGCUGUCAACGUUUGUCGAUUCAAUAAGCAAGGUGACACGUUAGCCACGGCGGGAGACGAUGGGUUAUUGUUACUAUGGAAGAAGAACGAGACUAUGGUAAAGGAAUUUGGUGUAGAUGAUGAUGAAUUCCAAGAUUUUAAGGAAUCGUGGGCUGUAUGGAAGCGAUUAAGGUCAGGGUCAGCCUCGAAUGCCGAGAUUUAUGAUAUUUCAUGGAACCCUCAGGGAACGUGCAUAGCUAUUGCAUCUUUGGAUAACACCGUACGAGUGUUCAAUGUGGAUCAGGGAAAAGUGGUAGGACAUAUAACGGAGCAUAAUCAUUACGUGCAAGGGAUUGUAUGGGACCCUCAGGGAGAAUUUAUCGUAUCGCAAUCUGCAGACAGAUCAUUGGCGAUUUGUAAGAUGAUUUAUGAGGACAACGAAGUAAAGGGCUUACAAUUAGUGAAUAAAAUAUUAAAAUCAGAACUACCAAGGAGGAAAAAUCCUGGUGAAAAAGAACUCGAUUUUGAUAAGUCGAAGGUGACUUUCUUAUUCCAUAACGAAACCCUUCCGUCAUUUUUCAGAAGGCUGUCCAUGUCACCAUGCGGCAGUCUCUUAUGUGUACCAGCUGGGGUCUUCAGAAAUGAUGAACAAACGGAUGCCUCAAAUAAUAACCCAGAGUACGCGAAUGCCGUAUAUAUUUACACAAGGGCUUCUCUAACUUCAAAUUCAAACAAACCCGUGUUUUCACUACCCUUUCUACAAAAACCGGCAUUAGUGGUCAAGUUUAAUCCUAUCAUGUACGAAACCGCGUCUGAAUGGGUGAAAGCACCUUAUACACUGGUAUUCGCUGUAGCAACUACGAAUGAAGUGCUGGUGUACGACACACAAAAUACCAGUCCUAUAGCGAUCGCAGGAAAUUUGCAUUAUACCCCCAUAACAGAUCUUGCGUGGAGCCAAGACGGAACAUUACUAAUGAUAUCAAGCACAGACGGGUUCUGCUCAUAUAUUCACUUCACAGACAAUGAUUUUGGCACACCUUUGAAAGAUCAAUCUAUACCAAUCUUGACGAAGGAACUCGAAUCACAAUCGCAAUCACAAUCACAACCAGAAUCAUCACAAAAGGCUAGUAUCGUAAAUCUUAGUACCGGUGCCGCCGAAACUCCAAACCCUUCACCAGCUAAAAGAUCGAUCUCGCAGCUUGUCUCAGAAGCUGCAACCACAGUUGGAAAGGAGAAGCUCAAACGCAGGGUUCAACCUACUCUCGUCACAUCAGAUCAACCUAAAUAG